CGCGCUGCGGGCAGUGAGUGUGGAGGCGCGGACGCGCGGCGGAGCUCGAGCUGCUGCAGCUGCUGCCGCCGCCGGAGGAACCUUGAUCCCCGCGCUCCGGACACCCCGGCCUCGCCAUGGCUGACCAGCUGACUGAGGAGCAGAUUGCAGAGUUCAAGGAGGCCUUCUCCCUCUUUGACAAGGAUGGAGACGGGACUAUCACCACCAAGGAGUUGGGGACGGUGAUGAGAUCCCUGGGACAGAACCCCACUGAGGCGGAGCUACAGGACAUGAUCAACGAGGUGGACGCGGAUGGGAAUGGGACCAUUGACUUCCCGGAGUUCCUGACCAUGAUGGCUAGAAAGAUGAAGGACACAGACAGCGAGGAGGAGAUCCGAGAGGCGUUCCGUGUCUUUGACAAGGACGGCAACGGCUACAUCAGUGCUGCCGAGCUGCGUCACGUGAUGACGAACCUGGGUGAGAAGCUGACCGACGAGGAGGUGGACGAGAUGAUCAGAGAGGCCGACAUCGAUGGGGACGGCCAGGUCAAUUAUGAAGAGUUUGUACAGAUGAUGACUGCCAAGUGAAGGCCCCUGGGCAGCUGGUGAUGCCCGUUCUCGUGCUCUCUCUCUUCUCGCGCGCGCGCUCUCUUCAACACUCCCUUGCGUUCCCCGGUUCUAGCAAACACCAGUUGAUUGACUGAGAAUCUGAUAAAGCAACAAAAGAUUUGUCCCAAGCUGCAUGACUGCUCUUUCUCCCUUCUUGAGUCUCCUCCCAGGCCCCUCAUCUCUGCCUCUCGCCCUCCCCCUUUCCGUUCUCAUCUUCCGAGGCCUGAAGCACUCCUGGACGCAGCCCUCUUCCCCCGAGGGGAGUCUCUGCCCUCCUCCAGCCCGGGUGGCUCUCCUCUCUUUUGGUUUGUUUCCUUUCAUGUGUCCUCUGACUUUGGGUGCUGGGGUGGCUGCCAGCCCUGUCCCUGGCCCUGCUGGGGAGGGGAUGAGGCCUCACCCAGGCAGGAGAGCAUGCCUUCCGCUGUUGCAUGCGACCAGCCCUGUGAUUCCCUGUGCACAUCCCAGCAGCCUUUCGGGCAGGGGUGCCGAGAGAGGCAUUCCAGAAGGGCUGGGGGAGGGGGACUCGAGUCGCGGUGUGGACUGGAUAUGGUCCAGGAUGGGGACGAGGGAGUCUUGGAAGCUGGCAUUCUUUUUCCCGCUGGAGGGGGCCGACUCCUGGAAGGGGACAGAUAGAGUGGACGCUGCUCAGGUCCCACUGGCUGAUGCGAGACCAUCCGAUCGAAUUCUGGGGGUGGGCUGGGUGGGGGCUGCUGAGAUGGCCGCUCUGCGAAUUGUACGUGCCCGUGUUCCUAAAGCGAUCUCGAGCUGUUCUGUAAAUACCUGGUGCUAACGUCCCAUGCCACCCGUGCUGCCCCGUGCGACCCCCUCCCACCCUCCCCAACCCGGCGCCAAAGGCCCCUUGUUGGCCGCGGAGCCAGGGAUGUUGCUUUGUCCUGUACAGGUUCUCCUUUGGUUUUCUUCUUUAUUCCCCUUAAAACUGGUCCUGUUGAAAACCGUGCCGGGCUAGUUGGAAGGUGGAGAGAGGGAAAAUGAUCCCGCCAUGCUCCAGAGAGAACACCCCUGCAAUAAGACAGUCUUAAGGGCCAGCUGGCCCGGACCCGGCUGCCGAGGGCAGCUCCGAGGCCUGGUUAGCCAGCCCCUCCCGCUUCUUCGCGGUGUUCGCGGUGACUUGGUUGGCUCCAUAACACCUGUGCUGGUCUCCGUGCCCUCUCUCCCCUCCCCCACCCCCGCCUGCCCCCCACACUCCCCCAGCAUGAUCCGUGACCUUGCUUCUGAUUUUCGCCUCUGGGACAAGUAAGUCAAUGUGGGCAGUUCGGUCGUCUGGAUUCUUCUUUUCCUUUUUUCUGUUCAUUUCAUCUUGCCCCACCCCCCACCCCCACCCAGGUUGUUCAAGUGGCUUCUCCUGGGACCUGCCCAGCUUUGAGAACCUCCUCAUCCACCCUCUGGCACCCAGCCUCCGGGGGAGGGGAGGGGAGGGACGGGGCGUCGUCGGAGACCCAGCCAAGAGCUGAGGGGAAGGGCAGGUAGGCGUGAGGCUGAGGACGUUUUCGGAGUGUUUUGGUUUGGGUUUUCUUUCUUUCUUUCUUUCUUUCUUUUUUUUUUAAAACCGGGCAAUAUUGUGUUCAGUUCAAGCUGUGAAGAAAAAUAUAUAUCAAUGUUUUCCAAUAAAAUACAGUGACUACCUGA